UGUACUCCUAAACUUUCCAAAUUAUGUUUGCGGCUGUAAAUCCCAUAGUUCAAAUUGAACGUUAAUUGACACUAUUUUUUUUUCCGAGUUGUCAUUGUCGACUUUUGGUAGCCAUUUUAAUUUCAUUGGGAAUACAAUUCACUUGUUUUGGGUUUUUAACGACGAAGUUGUGUCACUUUUUGUGUUUUAACGGCUGACUAGUGUAAAAAACGAAAGGAAUUUUAAUAAAAACUAAGUUGACACGGAAAAGUUGCAAAAAUAAUAUCUGCGCAAUAGUUUGAAACCUGUAACGUUAUUUUGUUAUGAUUCGUUAAACAUCCUUGGAAUCUCGUUAUUGAAAGUCAAUUGUUGGAAACAUGGAAUAUCCAAGACAGUCAGAUUCUGAAACUCUCGAAUAUUGGAAGAAACAGGCCAAGUACUACGAGCAAAAGGUUAUUGAUACACAACAAGAAUUAGAUGAGUACACAGAAAAUUCAGCAUCACUCGAAAAAGAGUUAGAAGCAUCAUUAGAACAAGUUGAGAGACAAAACAAAGAUCUGGAAAAUCAGAACCAGCGGCUGAAGAAUGAAAUAGAAACUAACAAAUUGGAAAGGAGUCAACAUGAAACAAAUGCUUUGGAAAAUGAACUGCAAGCUUUAAAAAUAGAUAAAGAUAAACAAGGAGUUUAUAUCAGAGAGUUAGAACAGAAAAAUGAUGAUCUGGAAAGAGGUCAGAGAGUAAUAUCAGAAUCUGUAUCAUACAUAGAAUCAAUGUUGAACCAAGCAUAUGAAAGGAAUGCUGUUCUGGAGAGUGAGGUAGAUGAAAUUGAGAACUUGAGGAUCAGGUUGCAGAGAGCGACAGAUGAAGCCAGAGAUCUGAAGCAAGAACUGAAAGUAAUGGAAAAAGUUCCAAAACCAAAGAAAGGUGAUGAAAGUACUGAAAGCUCAUUAGUCAAUGGACAUAUUUCCAAUCCAUCCCGAACUCAAGUUGAAAUUGAAACUCAGACUUCCCUUAUGUCACCACAAAAACGUGAAAUAAAUGGUAACGCAAUGACACCAUCAUCACGAGUAACAGCCAUCAACAUAGUCGGCGAUCUACUCCGUAAAGUGGGGGCUUUGGAAUCAAAGUUAGCGUCGUGUCGCGGUACAGUUAGACCUAAAGAACAUUCACCAAAUUCCGCAUCGGAUGUCAAUAAGGACUACAGGUGUGUACUCAAGAACUAGAUACGUCCCCAAAUCAUCAUCAGAUCUGUGUCGUGACGUGCCGCCGCAGCGUUAGCUUUUAUCAUAAUGUGAUACUUUGUCAAGCGAAUCUUUAAACAUCGCUUCUAGUUAACCUUGCUGAUCAUAAAAAAUACACUCGAUUACUGUGAUCGUUAUCACAUUUUCCUAAUUUUACUAAUAUCUGUGAUGAUAAUGAAAUAGUUUAGGAUCGGUAUAUCUAUGUGAACGGUUUUGGCCUACCCACCGCAGAAUUAGCACCGUGUGAAUUGCCGCAAACCUUGUUGCUUCUAUUUUCACGCAAAACGUGUUGUUUCUAUACAUGAAUAAAAAAAUAUAAUAAUCGUCCAUCUUUAUCCUGUAAAGGGAGUUAUUAUACCGUAGUUGACGGUAACAUAUUGUAGAUCUAAUGUUUGGUCG